AAACCAAUAUAAACAUUUAUUAUUUAUUUUCCCUCCUUGAAUCCUCCACAGGAAAAGAAAACGCCAUCUCGCUCUUUCACGCCCACAUCAUCAGCACUUUCUAAACUCUCUCUCUAAGACAAGCACACACACUCGCUCUCUCGAAUGGAGAACGGUCUAUCCGAAGAUCCAUCUGAUUCAACUCAGAGACCCGACUCCGACAAUGACCAACGCCUCUAUUUCGUACCUUACAGGUGGUGGAAAGAUGCACAAGAUUCAACGUCAUUGGGUGAAUCUGAUGGGAAUAAGGGGAUUUUGUAUAUAGGAACUUCAGGAUCUUCCUAUGCGGGUCCAAUGAAGCUCAUCAACAACAUUUUCAGCUCGGAUCUUGUACUUAAUUUGAGGAGAGGAGAGGAAGCUUCGCAGAAUGGUGAAAAUGGUGAAGUGGGUGUCUCAGGACGAGACUUUGCGUUGGUCUCGGCAGAAAUGUGGUUGAAGGCACUCAAAUGGCACAGUGAUUCAAAAGUUGCAUCCAAGUAUGGAAAAACCUUUUCUGCUGCAGAAGAUGAUAUGUCAGACGUUUAUCCUUUACAAAUGAGGCUCUCUGUGCAGCGGGAACUGAAUUCCUUAGGUGUAAAAAUUACCAAAAAGGAUAAUUCAACUGAGCUUUUCAGAAGAGCCUGCAAGAUUUUUACUGCUGAUUCUGAGGCGCUGCGCAUCUGGGACUUUUCUGGUCAAACUACCCAAUUUUUUGUAAAUGACAACAAGUCUCCGAAAGACUGUCAGCGUCAGUCAGAUCAGGAGAUUGUUUUGGAGUUACAAGUUUAUGGACUGUCUGAUAACAUGAAAUGCAGAGAAGGGAAAAAGGAUGAUGCCACUGUACAAUAUUCUAAUGGGACACAUUCUUCCGGAACUUCAACAAUGAUGAAUGGUAGUGCUGGCAGUAUUAGCACCAGUAUUUUUCGUAGUAAUUCUUCAUCCUUCUUUGGAAAGUCUGGAGAAGCUGGCUCAUUGGGAUUGACAGGAUUACAGAAUCUUGGAAAUACUUGCUUCAUGAAUAGUGCCAUUCAGUGCCUAGCACACACACCAAAGCUUGUAGACUAUUUCCUUGGUGAUUAUGGUAGAGAAAUAAAUCAUGACAACCCAUUGGGCAUGGAUGGUGAGAUUGCCUUAGCAUUUGGGGAUCUAUUGAGGAAGUUAUGGGCUCCCGGAGCAUCUCCGGUGGCACCAAGGACAUUCAAGUCAAAGCUUGCUCGAUUUGCUCCUCAGUUCAGUGGGUUUAAUCAACAUGAUUCUCAGGAACUCCUUGCUUUCUUGUUGGAUGGACUUCAUGAGGAUCUGAAUCGUGUGAAAUCCAAGCCUUAUGUAGAAGCCAAAGAUGGAGAGGGCAGACCAGAUGAAGAAGUAGCUGAUGAAUAUUGGCGGAAUCAUGUGGCUCGCAAUGACUCUAUUAUUGUUGAUGUCUGCCAGGGUCAAUAUAAGUCAACAUUAGUCUGUCCAAUUUGCAAGAAGGUAUCGGUUACAUUUGAUCCAUUCAUGUACUUAUCACUACCUCUACCUUCAACGAAUACACGGAGUAUGACUUUGACAGUUGUGAGUACUGAUGGAAGUAGUCAGCCGUCUCCAUAUACCAUUUCUGUGCCGAAGUAUGGAAAAUGUGAAGAUCUUACUCGGGCUCUAAGCCUUGCAUGCUCUUUAGGGAUUGAUGAGACCUUACUGGUGGCAGAGGUGUACAAUAACCGCAUUAUACGAUAUCUAGAAGAACCGGCUGAUUCUUUAUCAUUGAUUAGAGAUGGUGACCGUCUGGUUGCAUAUCGGUUGAAUAAAGACUUGGACAAUGUCCCUUUGGUAAUAUUUAUGCAUCAGCAUAUGGAUGAGCAAUACAUCAAUGGGAAACUUACUUCAAGUUGGAAGGCAUUUGGAAUUCCUCUUGUAGCACCAGUCUGUAAUUUUCAAAAUGGAUCUGAUAUCCGUAAUUUAUAUAUAAAAUUGCUUACUCCAUUUCAAAAACCUUCUGAUGGUACCUUGAGCAGCUGUGAUACCCUUAGUAGCACUGCAGUUGAAGUAGUUACUGGAAUGGAUGACACUAGUUCUGCUUUAGGUGGAAAUGCAGAUCCGUCCAGUGUAGAAGGGGCCAAUAUUUCCUCAAAUUCUGAAGUACAGUUUUAUUUGACAGAUGAGAAGGGAACAGUUAAGGACUCUGAGAUAGUAAUGAAUGAACAAUUACCAGUGGCGGGAAUGCCCAAACGAUUUAAUGUUCUUGUAUGUUGGCCAGAAAAACAUAUUGAACAAUAUGAAACACGCCUUCUUAACUCGUUACCUGAGAUUUUCAAGUCUGGCUUUCUUGCAAAGAGACCUCAGGAAUCUGUUUCUCUUUACAAGUGUCUUGAAGCAUUUUUAAAGGAAGAACCUCUUGGACCAGAUGACAUGUGGUUCUGUCCAAGUUGCAAGAAACAUCGGCAAGCCAGUAAAAAAUUGGACCUUUGGAGGCUGCCAGAAAUUCUGGUUAUUCAUCUAAAAAGAUUCUCUUAUACCCGAUUCAUGAAGAACAAGCUUGAGGCAUAUGUUGACUUCCCUGUUGAUGAUCUAGAUUUGUCAACUUACAUAUCCUACAAAAAUGGCCAGUUAUCUCAUCGUUACAUGCUUUAUGCUAUCAGUAAUCACUAUGGAAGCAUGGGAGGUGGCCAUUACACUGCAUUUGUCCAUCAUGGGGGUGACCGGUGGUAUGACUUUGAUGAUAGCCAAGUUCAUCCAAUCAGCCAGGACAAGAUAAAGACUUCAGCUGCUUAUGUUCUUUUCUACAGAAGAGUUUUAGAAGCUUAAUUUUGGUUGAGAAUCACGUCACAUAGAAAGUAGAUGGUUAGUGAAUUUAUUAACAUAUUGCCGUCUUAGUCUUAUGAGUUCCGUCUAAGAGGGUAGCAUUCUUUUGUUUUUACCAUUAUUUAGUUAAAAUUAAUUAGAUUUAACAAGCAUGGAUGGAAGGGAAGGGGGAUUACAAGCUUUGAAUUAGGUGCAGAGGAGGAUUGUAUCAUAGAAACAAGUUGAGAAGUGAAACACACGAAAACAGACCUUUCUUAUACCUGUAACCUUCGGUGAGAGAGUUUUUUGUAAAAGGGGUUUGCUUUAAACCCCCACUAUGAAAUUGUAUUUUUUUUCGUACUCAUGUAUAACUGUUGUACAACUGAUGAUUGAUAUACUGGAAUCAUUUGAUAAGCAUUUUCUUGGUUAUUAAAUUCAAAUUUGGUCAUAAUAA